AUGGAGCGCGGUGCGGGGCGGGCGCUGCUGGGGCUGGGGCUGGGUCUGUGGCUGGGUCUGCUGGCGGGGCUGUGCGGCGGCGCCAUGGACGAGUGCGCGGACGAGGCGAGCGCGCGGGCGCAGCGCUGCAUGCCCGAGUUCGUCAACGCCGCCUUCAACGCCACGGUGGCGGCCACCGACACGUGCGGCAGCCCGGCCGAGGAGUACUGCGUGCAGACGGGCGUCACCGGGGUCACCAAGUCGUGCCACCUGUGCGACGCGCAGCAGCCUCACCUGAGCCACGGCGCCGCCUUCCUCACCGACUACAACAACCAGGCCGACACCACCUGGUGGCAGAGCCGCACCAUGCUGGCCGGCGUCCAGUACCCCAACACCGUCAACCUCACCCUGCACCUCGGAAAGUCCUUUGAUAUUACAUACGUACGCCUGAAAUUUCACACCAGCCGGCCAGAGAGCUUUGCCAUCUACAAACGCACUCGGGAAGAUGGUCCUUGGGUGCCUUACCAGUACUACAGUGGCUCAUGCGAGAACACCUACCGCAAAUCCAGCCGUGCCUUCAUCAGGACCGGGGAGGAUGAACAGCAGGCCCUUUGCACAGACGAGUUCAGUGACAUCUCUCCACUCACGGGAGGCAACGUAGCCUUUUCAACACUGGAGGGCAGGCCCAGCGCUUACAACUUUGACAACAGCCCUGUCUUACAGGAAUGGGUAACUGCUACCGAUAUCAGAGUCAGCCUUAAUCGCCUGAACACCUUUGGAGAUGAAGUUUUUAAUGAUCCCAAAGUUCUCAAGUCUUAUUACUAUGCCAUUUCUGACUUUGCUGUGGGUGGCAGGUGUAAAUGCAACGGCCACGCAAGCGAGUGUGUGAAGAAUGAAUAUGGAAAGCUGUCCUGCAAUUGCAAGCACAAUACCUUUGGGGUGGACUGUGAAAAGUGCCUCCCUUUUUACAACGACCGGCCUUGGAGAAGAGCAACGGCAGAGAGUGCCAACGAAUGUUUGCCUUGCAACUGCAAUGGCCGGUCACAGGAGUGCUACUUUGAUCCUGAACUCUACCGUUCCACGGGCCACGGGGGCCACUGCACAAGCUGCUUUGGUAAUACUGACGGACCAAACUGCGAGAGAUGUCGGGAGAAUUUCUACCGCCUUGGGAGUGAGGAAGCGUGCCUGCCAUGUAACUGCAACCCUGUGGGUUCCCUCAGCACUCAGUGUGACAACUAUGGGCGGUGCAGUUGUAAGCCUGGUGUGAUGGGCGACAAAUGUGAUAGAUGUCAGCCCGGCUUCCACUCUCUCACAGAGGCCGGUUGCAGGCGGUGCUCUUGCAAUCCUGCUGGCAGUAUGGACGAGUGCAACAUGGACACGGGGCGUUGUACCUGCAAAGACAACGCUGAGGGCUUCAACUGUGAAAGGUGUAAACCUGGCUUUUUUAACCUGGAUCCCGCCAACCCAAGGGGAUGCACUCCCUGCUUUUGUUUUGGGCACUCAUCUGUCUGUACCAAUGCCAUUGGAUACAGCAUCUACCCAAUUACCUCCAGCUUCCAGUAUGGAGAGGAGGACUGGCAUGCAGAACAGCGAGAUGGCUCUGAAAUCUCAGUUCAGUGGAUUAGUGAGACUCAAGAAAUAUCUGUGAUCUCAGAAACUCCCUUUCCCAUCUACUUCAUUGCUCCAGGCAAGUUCCUUGGGAAUCAAAUCUUGAGUUACGGCCAAAACGUGACAUUCUCUUUUCGGGUCGAUAGGCGGGACACACGCCUUUCUGCAGAGGACAUAGUGCUUGAAGGGGCUGGCCUGAGAGUAUCCGUACCUCUGAUUGCUCAAGGCAACUCCUAUCCCAGUGAGAGCACCCUGAAGUAUGCCUUCAGACUCCAUGAAGCUGCAGAUUAUCCAUGGAGACCUUCUCUUACCCCGUUUGAGUUCCAGAAGCUGCUGCACAACUUGACAGCAAUCAAGAUCCGUGGGACCUACAGUGAGAGGAGUGCUGGAUAUUUGGAUGAUGUCACUAUUGUGAGCGCUCGGCCCGGGUCUGGAACACCAGCAACUUGGGUGGAGAGCUGUACGUGUCCCACAGGAUACCUGGGGCAGUUCUGUGAACGAUGUGCCCAGGGCUACAGGAGGGAGACCCCUAAUCUUGGGCCCUAUAGUCCGUGUGUGCCUUGCUUCUGCAAUGGGCACAGUGAAACAUGCAACCCUGAAUCGGGAGCCUGUGACUGCAGGGACAACACAGCAGGUCCUCACUGUGAGAAGUGCAGCGAUGGCUAUUAUGGAGACGCAACCAGAGGCAGCUCUUCCGACUGCCAGCCGUGUCCGUGUCCAGGGGGAUCAAGCUGUGCCACAGUGCCCAAAACCAAGGAGGUGGUGUGCACCAGUUGCCCAGCUGGCACUACAGGCAAACGGUGUGAAUUGUGCGAUGAUGGCUAUUUUGGAGAUCCUCUUGGUGAGAAUGGCCCCGCCAGGCUUUGCCGCCUCUGCCAGUGCAGUGACAACAUUGACCCCAAUGCUGUUGGGAAUUGCAACCGCUUGACAGGCGAAUGUCUGAAGUGCAUCUAUAAUACGGCUGGUUUCUACUGUGACCGGUGCAAAGAUGGAUUCUAUGGGAAUCCCUUGGCUCAGAAUACAGAGGACAAGUGCAAAGCUUGCAACUGUAAUCCUUACGGCACGGUGAACUUACAGACCAACUGCAAUCAAGUAACGGGGCAGUGUGAGUGCCUUCCGCACGUCACAGAAAGGGACUGCAGCUCUUGUCAGCCCGGCUUCUACAACCUGCAGAGCAGACGGGGCUGCGAGAGGUGUAACUGCCACCCAUUGGGUUCCACUAAUGGCCACUGUGAAAUACAGACAGGGCAAUGUGAAUGCCAGCCAGGCAUUACUGGGCAGCGUUGCGAGAGAUGUGAGGCAAACCAUUUUGGAUUUGGUCCUGAAGGCUGCAAACCUUGUGACUGUGACCCUGAAGGUUCUCGAUCUCUUCAGUGCAAAGAGGAUGGCCGCUGUGAGUGCAAAGAAGGUUUUGUUGGGAACCGCUGUGACCAGUGUGAAGAGAACUAUUUCUACAAUCGAUCUUGGCCAGGCUGUCAAGAAUGCCCUGCAUGCUACAGAUUGGUGAAAGAUAAGGUGGCAGAACAGCGGGAGAGAUUGCAGGAGCUUGAAAAUCUUAUAGCCAACAUAGGAACAGGUGAAGAAACUAUAACUGAUCAGGCUUUUGAAGACAGGCUGAAAGAAGCUGAACGAGAUGUCAUGGACUUGCUUCAGGAUGCCCAAAACAGCAAAGAUGUAGACCAGGGCUUGAUGGAUCGCUUGCAGGAGAUCAACAGAACUCUGUCCGGCCAACUUGGUCGGUUGAGGAACAUCCAGAACACAGUGGAAGAGACAGAGAAUCUGGCUGAGCGGGCCCAGGCCCGGGUGGACAGCACACAGGAACUGAUUGAAACAGCUUCAGAUAUGCUACAGAGAGCAAAGGUGGCAGUUGCUAAUGUGUCUAUUACUCCACCAGAAUCAACCAGCGACCCCAACAACAUGACUCGCCUGGCAGAAGAAGCCCGCCAGCUAGCUGCUCGGCACAAGCAAGAAGCAGAUGACAUUGUUCGUGUAGCUAAAGAAGCAAAUGAUACGUCGACACAAGCAUAUAAGCUGCUCUUGGAGACACUGGCAGGGGAGAAUCAGACCAUGAAUGACAUCGGUGACCUUAAUAGGAAGUAUAACCAGGCAAAAGACAUUUCCCGAGAUCUAGAAAAGCAGGCAAACAAAGUCCAUGCAGAUGCAGAGGAGGCUGGGAAUAAGGCCCUGCAGAUCUAUGCCAACCUCACCAGUCUGCCAUCUAUAGACUCUGAGGAGCUAGAGAAUGAGGCGAAUAAGAUCAAGAAGGAAGCCAGAGAACUUGAUCAACUCAUUAACAGGAAGCUGAAGGAUUAUGAGGACCUAAGAGAAGACAUGAAAGGGAAAGAGCUGGAAGUACAGAACCUUUUGGAGAAGGGCAAGACUGAACAGCAGACUGCUGACCAGCUCUUGGCUCGAGCAGAUGCUGCCAAGGCUCUGGCUGAGGAAGCCGCCAAGAAGGGGAGCAACACCCUCCAGGAGGCCAAUGACAUUCUCAGCAACUUGAAAGACUUCGACAAGAGAGUGAAUGAUAACAAGACUGCAGCUCAAGAGGCUCUAAGGAGAAUUCCUGCCAUUACCCAGACCAUCUUGGAAGCCAACAAUAAGACACGGCAAGCGGAAUUGGCACUAGGCAACGCUGCUGCGGAUGCCAGAGAAGCAAAGAACAAAGCUGCUGAUUCUGAGAGAAUUGCUAAUUCUGUGCAGAAGAAUGCUGCUUCAACAAAAGCUGAUGCUGACAAGACCUUCUCCACUGUUGCUGAGCUGGACAAAGAAGUGGGCGACAUGUUGCAGCAGCUGGAUGCAGCAGAGAAAGAGCUGAAGGCCAAACAGGAAAGCGCUGAUCAAGAUAUGAUGAUGGCAGGAAUGGCUUCAGAGGCAGCUCAGGAAGCAGAAGCCAGUGCAAGGAAAGCAAAGACCUCCGUUAGCAGCUUGCUGAGCAUGAUUAAUGACCUCCUUGAGAAGCUGGGGCGUGUGGAACCUGUGGACUUGAGCAAACUGAAUGAGAUUGAGGAUACUUUGAACACUGCCAAAAACCAAAUGAGGGACAACGAUUUGGACCGGAAAGUCUCCGAUCUGGAGAAGGCAGCUGAAAAGCAAGCCAGUGCCAUCAAUGAAUAUGACAGGGACAUUAACACCAUUAGGAAAGACAUUAGCAAUUUAGAGGACAUCAAGAAGACCUUACCAACUGGCUGUUUCAAUACCCCGUCCAUUGAAAAACCCUAAGGAUGUGCUGAAGGCAGGGGGCCUUCCCUCAACGACUGGUGGAGCAGUUCUUUUGGCUGUGGAGUGCCUUAAUUCCUAGGUUCCCUUCUUCAGGACCCCCACCUCAUCUCCCACACAGCUAGCAGUUCUUUCUUUCCCAAUUCAAGGGAGAAAAAUGCAAGUUUCUGAAUGAACACAAAUUAAAUAUCCAGCCUUUGCCCAUCAGAAGGGUUUAAAGAUAUGAAAUGUAUACACUUCCUUGAUCAAAACACUCCAUUUUCUCCUCCUCUUCUCCCAGAAAAGACUCCCCUUUGAUUUGCAUAAUGAUGUGAAAUAUUAUGGACUGUUGUGCUGAAUUACAGAAAGGGCUAUGAGAACUGAUGCAUAGUGGGGGCAGUCACAGGCUUCUCCUUUUUUCAUCCCCCGUCUCUCUCUCCCGUACCCCAUCUCACAAUUUCUCUGUUCUUUUUGUUUCUAUGAAGGAAAAGGUUUGGCUACCAAAGUAUUAAAUUGUAAUGGCCACUUUAGCUACAAUUUGUAAGAAACGCUGAUGGCCUUCAGAAUCAGAAAAGAAGAAAAAGUCAAUUCAUAUAUUAGUGGCCAAUUAAACUACCACUUUGGUAGCCAGCUACCAAUUUUAAAGAAACUUUCUAGAGUGCAAUAUGUAUAUGUAUAUCUUGAUUCUGAGAAACAGUUUCUCAGAAAUGCUUUCGGGGAGUCAUGAGGAAGGAGGGGUGUGUUAGGUCUCCAUGGUGCUGUGCCUUGGCCUGCCUUCGACUUCUGAGAACACAGGCAGAAAUUUUAAUUCUUCAAGAUGGAAGAAUCUACUUGUGAUCAGAAUUGUUCCUGUCACCAGC